UUUGCAUUGCCUUGUGAUUUUUCUCUUUCCCUCGUUUACUUUUUACUAAGAAAAAUUCGUCCUUUUUUCCUCUGAGGAUCAAUAGGGUUUUGUUUGUUCCUUUGAUUGCUUUCAUUCUCGAAACUCCCCAGACUUCCUAGGGUUUAUGUUUGAUUUGCUUCUCUUAUGCAUUAGAUCAUCGCAAUUUUGGAUCAUAUCAGGUUACUUGGUGAGAGGAAAUUUAGGUCGGCCUUACAAAAUUAUACCGUUGCACUUCUUUCGCCAUGAAUGCCACAGAUUUUGAGGAACAAAAGAAAGGAAAGUAUAUUCUAAUCCGUGAUGGUGAGGACUCUGAGUUAGGACUCUUCUAUAAGCCCCUCCCUUGCUUCGGUUGUGGAAUCGGAUGGUUCUCCUUUCUUCUUGGAUUUGUCUGCCCAUUUGCGUGGUACGUUGCAACAUUUCUAUAUUUUAUCAACUAUUACCGUAGAGAUCCACGGGAAAGAUCUGGUCUUGCUGCCUCUGCUAUAGCUGCUUUAAUAUUCUCUGUUGCACUUGUGAUUACCGUGCUUGUGCUUGUUUUCUCGGGUCGCUAGAGUCUCUUGUUACUCUUUGCAUAUUCUUUCUGAAAGGGAAACAGCUUCAAGUCUGUUUCCACAACAAGUUAAACAUAUCUAUUUGAUGAAGAGAAUUAUCUGUUUUGAAGAGAGAAGAAGAUACUGCUAAGUCCUAUUAGAAUCAAAGUUUUGUUUGCUUUGUACAUAAGUGUAUAGUUUUUUAUACAACGGAAAUGAGAUACUUAAAUCUUUCUUGUGAUCUAUGUUGUUUCACGCUUGUAUGAUAUUCACAUUAGAACCUUUAACCCAGACAGGAAUCAUAGCCAAGGUUAUGUCUGGUUCUCAUCUUC